AUGUCUGAACAUAUGGCUGUACCUACUGCAAUUCCGAUUCCUAGCGCGAUGAUUUCUACUUCAUCUGCUGCUUGGUUCUAUCUUCAACAAGGUUUAUCUAGAUUACCUGGAGGUCAUCAUGUAAUUAGCUAUAUCGAAAAGGCUACUCAGGAUGAUCCUUAUAGAACAGCUGUCGAAGCAAGUUUGAUCUUAUAUGGUAUUUACUACUAUCUAUCAAAGCCUCAACAAAAGAAAGGUUUGCAAUCAAAUAGACCAAAUUUAACAAAACAAGAAAUCGAUUCUUUGAUUGAUGAAUGGGAACCUGAACCAUUAGUAGUUCCUCCUGUUAAUGAUAAAGAAACCGCUGAAAGGUAUUGGCGUUUAGCUAAAAUUCCUAUUGUUGAAAAUCAUGGUAUUAGCAAAUAUAUUGAUUUUACUAGAGAUAAUAAAAAAGAAUCCUUUGAAAAUGUUUUCAAUUUAUCAUCAAAUAAUUUUUUAGCUUUAAGUGAAACCCCUGAAGUAUUAGAAGUUGCAAAAGAAACUAUUAGAGUUUAUGGUGUCGGUGCAUGUGGUCCUGCAGGGUUUUACGGUAAUCAAGAUGUCCAUUAUAAUUUAGAAUAUACUUUAGCUGAAUUUUUUGGUACUGAAGCAUGUUGUUUAUAUGGUCAAGAUUUUGCUGUCUCUUCAUCUGUGAUUCCUGCUUUCACCAAACGUGGUGAUGUUAUUGUAGCAGAUGAUCAAGUCUCUUUAGCGGUUCAAAAUGCUUUACAAUUAAGUAGAUCAACAGUUUAUUAUUUUCAACAUAAUAAUAUGGAAUCCUUAGAAGAAUUAUUAGAACAAUUAAAUGAAUCAGAGAAAAAAGAAAAGUUACCUGCUAUACCAAGAAAAUUUAUUGUCACCGAGGGGAUUUUCCAUAAUUCAGGUGAUAUUGCACCUUUACCAGAAUUAGUUCAAUUAAAACAAAAAUAUAAAUAUAGAUUAUUUGUUGAUGAAAUGAUGUCUUUAGGUAUCUUAGGUGCUACAGGCCGUGGGUUGCCAGAACAUUUUAAUAUGGAUCGUUCAACUUCUAUCGAUAUUACAGUUGGAUCUAUGGCUACUGCUUUUGGUUCUUCCGGUGGGUUUGUUCUUGGUGAUACAUUUAUGUCAGAAUAUCAACACAUUGGUUCAAAUGCUUAUUGUUUUAGUGCUUCUUUACCUGCUUAUACUACAACUGUAGUUGAUAAAACUUUACAAAUUAUGGAUAAUGAUAAUUCAAUAGUACAAAAUUUACAAAAAUUAUCACGCAAAAUGUUUUAUUUUUUCAAUUCAAGAGUUCAAUUAAAUGAAUUUUUCAUAUUAAAAUCAUCAGAAUUUUCACCGGUUGUACAUUUAGAAUUAAAAGAAUCAUUUAGAAAUUCGAAAUUUAACUAUACAAGAGAUUCUUUAUUUAGUGAAUUAUUAAAUUUACAAAAACGUAAAAUUUCUGAUGUUUUCAUUGAACCAUAUGAAAAUGAAGAAAUGUUUUUACAAGAAAUUGUGGACGCUAUCUUAGUUAAUCAUAAUAUCUUAAUUUCAAGACAUACUAUUGUCUUAAAACAAGAAACGUUACCAAUUGUUCCUAGUCUCAGAAUCUCAUGCACGGCAGCAAUGACCGAAGAAGAAUUGUUAAACGCUUGUGAAAAUAUCGUUACCACUAUGGUCAGACUAUGUACAGAGUAA